CUUCGGGUCACAGAUUUGUUAUUCUACUUAUAGAUUCUUUGGCUGUGAGCGUGUUGGUAUAUGUUACGUGAUAUUGUCCUACUCCGUGCCGCUGGUAGUUUGGUCUUGAAACUGCUCAGCAUGUACGUCUUUCUCCCUGUUUUUUGCAUAUUGUGUCUCCUUACAUUGGCCGGUGUUCACAGGUGUUUUCCUUUCAUCUUUACCUCCGGGGUUAUACGUUACGAAUGCUGUCUUUACUCUGUAGCUUGGGCUUUGUUUAUCUCAUAAUAUAUUCACCAUCUUUGAUCCGUUUGUGCCCGUCCGUUUCUC